AGUUUGCAUAAGAAAGAGUUGUGUGAUCUCCUAGUUAUGAAAUGUAAUGAUCCAGCAAGUUCUGCUGCUCAAAAGUUGGAAUAAACUGGCACACUUUUUUUGUGCUCUUGUAAUUGUGCAUUUGCUUCUGGAGAUUUAAAAAAAAACCUAUCAAAAUGAUGUCUGAAACGUAAUCAGAAAUUGAAGUACCAGUGAACAGAUAUUUGAGCAAUCAAAUUCUAUCUCCUAUGUCGGAAACUUCACAAUUGUUGCUGCAUUAAGAAUAGUAGAAUCGCAGGACAGAAAUAAGGAUGGAGAAACCUUUGCAUCUUUCUGUUUCCUUCCUGGUUACAGUCCUCUGCCCAAAGUUCUCUUGUUUCUCAAAGGGUUUUUUGACUUUCUGUUGUUGUUUUUAACUGAUGACCAAAUCCAACAUUCUUGAAAAAUGACAACAGAGGGAGGAAUUUGGAUGUUGAAUUUUCUCCCUGAUCAGUGUCUCCUAAAACAUUUUCCUUGCCACAUUAAGAACAAUAAUGUCUUAGAAAUCACAAUUUUUUUGCUUGCCCCUCCCAAAAAGCCUUCCUCAUCUUUCUUACUUUAGAGAUGCCAUGUAUUUUUACAGCUUCUCUAAGGGUGACAUGGAAAGUUUUCUGCACCCAAUUUCAUAAUUGCAGUAUCACAAGUUGCAUGUAAUGUAUCUGUUCUGAUUUUACUAUUUAUAAUACAGUAUUUAGGAAAUUGUGCAUCCAAGCCAGUGGAUUUGACAUUUGUUGCUUGUUUAAUGUGGCACAUAAAUGCUAAUUCUUUGUAACUUUAAGAUGGAUAUUAAUAAAGGCCUAUGUGAAAGAGAAAGAAAGCCAGUUCAUAUUAUUUAAGCCUACCAUGAAUGAUAGCUGUUUAUGACUGCAGGGGCAUUAACUUCCUUUUUUUCCUUUAGCAGCUGGCGAGCUCUGUGUCAGGGCGAGGGGGUACAGAGAGUCAGGACAGGAUGAGGGAUAGUUCAGUUCCAAGCUCAGCUUCCUCGUCAGUGACAGAUCUAUACAACACUCCCCGCAGCAGUAGGUCAGACCUCUUCCUCCCAGGUACAUCUGGAGACUUCAGCCUGAGUGCCUGCUUAUCAGCCUGCACCCUACUUUAUGAGGGUGCGGUAGAGCCCAUGCAGAUUGAUGUAGAUCCCCAAGAAGAUCAGCAAAAUGCACCUGAUAUCAACUAUGUGGUGGAGAACCCAACUCUGGAUCUGGAGCAGUAUGCAGCAAGUUACAGCGGCCUGAUGAGGAUUGAGAGAUUGCAGUUCAUUGCUGACCAUUGCCCACAGCUGCGAGUGGAAGCCCUGAAGAUGGCGCUCUCAUUUGUCCAAAGAACAUUCAAUGUGGAUGUUUAUGAGGAGAUUCACCGGAAGUUGACUGAAGCUACCAGAGAGCUGCAGAACACACCUGACGCCGUCCCAGACGGUGGGAUAGAGCCUCCUCCUCUAGACACAGCAUGGGUUGAGGCUACACGCAAAAAAGCUCUUCUCAAACUGGAAAAGUUAGACACAGAUCUUAAGAAUUAUAAAGGAAAUUCAAUCAAGGAAAGCAUCAGGAGAGGACAUGAUGACUUGGGAGAUCACUACCUUGACUGUGGAGACCUCAGCAAUGCCCUUAAAUGUUACUCACGAGCCCGUGAUUACUGCACCAGUGCAAAACAUGUUAUUAACAUGUGCCUCAAUGUUAUCAAGGUCAGUGUUUAUCUUCAAAACUGGUCUCAUGUCCUGAGCUACGUGAGCAAAGCAGAAUCAACGCCAGAGAUUGCAGAGCAAAGAGGAGAACGGGACAGCCAGACACAGGCCAUCCUUACCAAAUUGAAAUGUGCCGCAGGCUUGGCUGAACUAGCUGCCCGGAAGUACAAGCAGGCAGCAAAGUGCUUCCUGUUGGCCUCAUUUGAUCACUGUGAUUUCCCUGAGCUGCUCUCUCCUAGCAAUGUAGCUGUAUAUGGUGGCCUGUGUGCACUAGCAACUUUUGACCGACAAGAAUUGCAACGUAAUGUCAUCUCCAGCAGCUCCUUCAAACUGUUCUUAGAGCUAGAACCCCAGGUUCGUGACAUCAUCUUCAAGUUCUAUGAAUCCAAAUAUGCUUCAUGUCUCAAGAUGCUGGAUGAGAUGAAGGAUAACCUACUAUUGGACAUGUACCUGGCGCCUCAUGUGAGAACACUUUACACCCAGAUACGAAAUCGGGCCCUUAUCCAGUAUUUCAGCCCCUAUGUGUCAGCAGACAUGCGCAAGAUGGCCACCGCUUUCAACACUACCGUGGCAGCUCUGGAGGAUGAGCUCACCCAGCUGAUCCUAGAGGGGCUAAUAAAUGCCAGAAUAGACUCCCAUAGCAAGAUUUUAUAUGCCAGAGAUGUUGACCAACGCAGUACUACCUUUGAAAAGUCCCUGCUCAUGGGAAAGGAGUUUCAGCGUCGCGCCAAAGCUAUGAUCCUACGAGCUGCUGUCCUGCGUAAUCAGAUCCAUGUGAAGUCUCCUCCACGAGAAGGAAGCCAAGGUGAACUCACUCCAGCAAACAGCCAGUCCCGGAUGAGCACCAACAUGUGAAACUCUCUGAGCCAACAAAAGACUGUCCCUCCCCACCCUGCCCCACCUACCCAGGGCCAUGUGUAUCCAGUAUCCACAACGUCAACUGUCCCUUGGUGCCUUUUCAGACUCUCUGGCUGUGGGGGGAGGGAGGGCUGGGGUGGGGGGCAAGACCGUUGAAGGCAAGCUUUGAGAGAGUCUGAGAACUCCUUUUAGAACAGACAACGUUUGUCAGAUGCAGCCCUUUGAGAAUAUGCAAGCCUGCGAGUGCUGGCUUCAUCCUAUCCUUCCCGGGGGUUUCCUCAUAAACAGAAGCUGAUCUUGGUUUCAUUCAGCUGCCAAAAGAGCUUUGUUGUUUUUGUUCAGUAAAAGAUAAAAAUAGCAUGAAUCUGGAGGACCUGUGUGUUCGUGCAGAACUCAUUUGUACGAAUGCAAAUGCAUCGUCUCAGACCCUGAGAGUCUCCCUUGGACAGCGUCACAGGAAAACAGGCAUCCUUUCCAUUCAUUCACUUCAGGGCUGUUUUUUCAUUCACCUGGAAUCGGCUCCAUUUUAAUCUGUUCUUCCUGUUUUGUUUUGUUUUUAAAGUGUGUGCUCUGGCUUGUUUUCACAUCCCCAGACCUCAGAUGGCUAGUUGGCUCCUUUGAUAAUCCUUGCUCCAAAUGGGAUGGGGGAGGGAGGGGAAACAUAUGAAAUGGUCUCCCCCUGCACUUGGGCAGGACUUGCCUGGCUGCCUGCACUACUACUUUUUAAUUUACUUCAUAACAAAAGGGGUGUGUGGUUACAGGCUUGACUCCGAUUGUGUUGCGUUAACAGGUGUAGGUUGAGUGUUUGAGUGUUCCACAGUUGCUUACUGGGGUUCAUCCCAAGGAAGCAGUUACACAUUUGGAUUUAACUCUUGGCCAAUUUAUCUACUUUUCCCAGACACUGUUAAUGUUGUUUAGUUUAAAGCCACAUUCUCUCCUAUGCAUUAAAAACAUAAUUGCAAUGAUAA